AUGGGCAAGAUGGAUAUCAGCGCUUCACCCGCCGACAGCGGCAACGACGAUUCAAGUAAUCCCGACACCAAGUCCACCGAGAAGUCUUACAAUGGCGUCGACAUCCAAGCCGCCCCUACUGCUACUGUCAAGGUCACAAAUGCUCUCGGCGGAGAGGGCGGCAAGAAUUUCCGCAACAUGUCCAAAUGGGACUGCGUCUUUGCUCUUCUGACCAACCAAGUCGGUCUCGGUGUUCUGUCUCUGCCUGGCGUCCUCAAAGUCCUCGGAAUUGUGCCAGGCAUCAUCGCAAUCAUCGGCAUCGGCUGCCUUUCAUGGUACACAGCUUUUGAGCUCAAGCAGUUUUACGGAAAGCAUCAACAUGUCCUCAACGUCGUCGACAUGUGCAAGGUCGUUGGAGGUCGCCCCUUGGAGAUCGCCGCUGGUGUCGGCCUCCUGAUCCAGGUUAUCAUGACUGCCGCCUCAGCUAGUGUCACUCUGUCCAUCGCUUUCAACACCAUUAGUAGCCAUUCUCUAUGCACAGUCGGGUUCAUCGGUAUUGGCUGCCUUUGCUGCUGGGUCCUCUGCAUGCCCCGAACCGCUAAAUUUGUGGCGUGGAGCGGUAUUCCCUGCUGCAUUAGCAUCAUCUCGGCUGCGCUCCUCGUCAUGAUCAGCCUGGGUGUCACCAACCCUUCUGCUGCCCCGCAAGGUUGGAAGAGGCAGCUUACUGUGGUCGGCAAUCCUACAUUCCGCGAGGGCUUGAACGCCUGCCUCAAGAUCGUCUAUGCCUACUCUGGCAAUAUCAAUUUUGUCGGAUACAUGGCCGAGAUGGUUGAUCCUGUAAAUGACUUCAACUUCGCUCUCGGCGUACUUGAGGUCACGUCGAUUUCGUUUUACGUGCUCGUCGGUGUUGUCAUUUACUGUCUCGCAGGCGAGUUCACCGUCUCCCCUGCGCUUGGAUCUGCCGUCCAGACCACUGCCAAGAUUGCUUAUGGCAUUGCUCUGCCAGCUGUUUUGUCCACUGGUCUCGCUUUCGGUCACACGGGUAUCAAGUAUGUGUACGUUGAGAUCAUGCAGGGUAUUGGCGCGUCUCAUCAGAUGACCAAAAACUGCACAAAGUCCUGGUCCGUCUGGAUUAUCUCCGUGACUGUCUUUUGGAUCCUUUGCUUUGUUCUCUCAAACGCAAUUCCUGUGUUUGAUUCCAUCCUUUCCAUCGCCUCAGCAACGACUAUUUCGUGGUUCACGUUUGGCUUCAGUGCCGUCUUUUGGCUGAAUCUCAACCAAGGGCGGUAUUUCAGCAACUGGAAGAAGACUUCUUUGUUUAUUGUCAAUGUAUUUCUGAUUCUAAUCUCACUGUUUAUGAAUGGAGCUGGCCUAUGGUCUUCCAUCACUGAGCUCUUGGAUAUUUUCGAGUCGGACUCGAGUAGCGUACAGGGCGUAUUCUCUUGUGGAAAUAAUGCCUUGUUUUAG